AAAAUUAAAUACUUAUUAUUAGGUCUUUUGGAUAAAUGCCAUGCUUCUUCUUACUUUCAGAGUAUGAAGCAGAACAACCUACAUUUCCAGAUGAUUUAUAUGAAUCAGAGGAAGAGUCUGUGUCUUUGGAGGCAGGAAUAUUGCAGUCGUUAGGUAUGGAACAAUUCUACACAACCUCUGCAGCUAAUGUCAGCGAGCAGUUGCUUUCCAAAUGCAAGGCAAGAAUCUCUUCAGAGCCACCUGAUCCAAAAACAUGUUCUCCUCAAGAAUACUUAGAAUAUUACAUAUUUCCAGUGCUUCUACCUGGAAUGGCUGAACUUCUACAUCAGGCAAAGAAGGAGAAGUGUUUUGAGAGAAAAAGAACCAAAUUUAUCGCCUGUGAUUUCCUAACCGAGUGGUUGUACAACAAGAACCCAAAGAGGAAAGAUGAAUCAUUCACAGCAUUCUUUUCCAUUCCUUUCGUUAGCGACUGGCUAAAAGAGCAUCCUAGGCCACCACUUCCCCUGUCUCUCCUUCUAUCCAGAAAAGAAGCGAGCAGAAUAAUUCAGUCAUUCUGGAGAGGUUAUCGG